AUGAGUGCGGGCUCGAUUCUCAAGAUGCAGCCAACAUAUGAGAAUGCCUUGGCAUUGCUGGAGUCUCGGCAGCGCAAGGCCCGACCGACAAAGCUAGCGCAAACACCGGGCCUUGAUUUACCAGCAACUCCGAGCGGUGCACCAACCGUCAAGGGGACUCCCAGUAUUGUAGGCAUGAAGGAGUGGCUGUUGAAAUUGGGCCAUUCGGAGAAUGAUGUCGACAACUUGAACGUAAUUCAUGUUACCGGCACCAAAGGGAAGGGCAGCACGUGCGCAUUCACGAGGUCGUUCCUCCAUGCUCACGGUCUCAGAACCGGAUUUCCCAAGCGAAUCGGGCUGUACACCUCGCCUGAUUUGCAAUGUAUCCGAGAACGGAUCCAAAUUGACAAUCAGCCGAUCACCGAAACUGUGUUUACGCAACACUUUUUCGAGGUCUGGGAGGCUCUCGCGUCGUCGCCAGAAGGAAAGUCCGGGGAAAUCACUCGACAGCCUCGUUAUCUCCAACUGCUGCUGCUUCUUGCCUUUCACACCUUCAUCAAGGAAGGUGUUGACGCAGCGAUAGUCGAAACUCACCAUGGUGGGGAAUAUUGCGCGACCAACGUGGUGCGCCAGCCAGUCGUGACGGGGAUCACCUCACUUGGGCUGGACCACGUCGCACAACUGGGACCAACAGUGGAGGAUAUUGCCUGGCACAAGUCGGGGAUUUUCAAGCCCGGUGCACCGGCAUUUUCUGUUGACCAGGAACCAGGGCCGGCCGAGGUGCUGCGAGGCCGAGCAGCCGAGAGAAAGACGGUGUUGACUUUUGUGUCCCCGUCGAAUACACUGCCGGCGAACAGCAGAGUGCUCGGGGUCCCUGUGCAGAGACUGAACUGCUCAUUGGCCAUUCAAUUGGCCUCCAAAUUCGUAGAAAUCAAGGACUCGUCUCAUCCACUGAGCGAAAGGGACAUCAUCGAAGGCGUCCAAAAUUUCUCUUGGUUGGGCCGAUUCGAGAUCAUCGAGACCAAGAGCGCGCGCUGGCUCUUGGAUGGCGCACAUAACACUUUGAGUAUCACCCAGGCAGCGGCGUGGUUUGCGACUAAUGUGAAGAAUGGGGAUGGUGGAAAGUGA